AUCCAAAUGUGAGACAAUAUAAAAAAGCCAGCACAACAACCCAGUGGGGUGUUUUACAGCCAGAAACACAAGCAACAUGGACCUUGUGCUUCUCUGUGUGUUCCUGCCACUGUUCACAGUGGCCUGGGGCCAGUAUGAGGACUACGAGGGAUAUUAUUUCUCCCACAACGAAUACAGGGAUGAUGAUGAAUGGGUCAAUGUGUAUCGGCAGGGUUUCAACUUCCAGUGUCCUCCUGGAGAAGUGAUCGUGGCCGUGAGGAGCACCUUCAGCAAAAAAGAAGGCUCUGAUCGACGGUGGAACUAUGCCUGCAUGCCUACCCCGCAGAACCUCGGAGAGCAGACAGAGUGCUGGUGGGAAGAGAUCAACAGAGCUGGACUGGAAUGGUAUCAGACAUGUUCAAAUAAUGGACUGGUGGCAGGAUUCCAGAGCCAAUAUUUUCCAUCUGUGCUGGAUCGAGAGUGGCAAUUUUAUUGUUGCCGCUAUGGCCGGAGAUGCCCAUAUUCAUGUUGGCUGACAACAGAACAUCCAGGGCACUACGGGGAAGAUAUGGACAUGAUGAUGUAUGCCUAUGACUACUAUAUCCGUGGAGCAACCACAACUUUUUCGGGUGUGGACAGAGAUCGCCAGUGGAAGUUUAUUGUCUGCAGGAUGACAGAUUUUGACUGUCAAUUUGAAAGUGUUUAGAGGCAUUGAAUAUAUACUACACUUGGGGAGGGGGGAUGAAAGAAGAUAGGGGUGAAACUAAAACAGUAGGAGAGGAAAUGUAUUCAUGCACCAGCUUCUUUGCAGAGCUGUAGCUCUUCUACCGCUAACAGGGCUGGUAAGUACCACACUGCAUCCAAAUUUACUUUGCAUUCUAGAGGCACAUCCAUAUGGCCCUGUAUUUAGGGAACAGAUGCUCUGUAUCAGUCCACAUUAUUCCAGAGAACAUAAGCUUCCCGUGCUUCCCUUCCUGUCCAUUGAUCUGGUGGACACCAUGAUGGCUGUCUUCCUACUUCCAGUGCAGAGAUGUUCCUUCAUGAGUUUCUUUUAGGGAUGUUUGAACCACCUUCAGGUUUGUUCCACUUUGGCUGCUCACAGAGGGCCAGGCCCAUUUCAUGGAGCCACUCCUCCCAUGUAGCAUGGUACAGUACAGUGCUACAUGUGAGGAAAGAACCCAGGACAAGGUUGGGCCCCUCUGCAGCCUCCUGUUCCUCCCCAUAGACCCACUGAUCCUCUCCUCCCUGCCUACACCCCCUUGUACCUCUCCCUCUCCUUGUAGAUCUGCUGUCUCUUCUGCUCACCAUUUGGAAGCUGUUUGAGGUGGGCAAGUCUCAGGCAGGUUCAAGAGUCGGCUUGCAGCCAGUCAUAGCAGUUGAGCACGACCUGAUUUCCUUCCAAACCUGCCUGUUGCAACAUUUCUGGCAGCCCUGUUUCCUAGGGGUACCUGUUGUACUCCUGCCUGUAUGCUUCAGUACCAAAAUUUAGAAUAUGGAAAGCUGCCCUGUGUAUGUGCCUUUAGACAAAACUGUGGACAAAUCCAUUGAAUUUUAUUUGUGGCUUGUUUACACUGUUUAGAUACUUCCUGAUACAAACUUGUUGUGGGUUUUCUUUGCUUUUUGCUUAUCUGUAUAUCUGCAGUUUAAUUUUUGCAUUACUUUUUACGUACUGCAUCCCAUUUAUGAAAAGGACCCCAAAAGCUCCCUGAUCUGUGCUUUUGCACCCAAACCUCCUUUAUAAUACUCUCCAGCUGUGAUUGCAAGGAAGCAAAGAUUUCUUCUGUGGCACAGCUUUGCGACCCAGACAAUUCUGAUACACAGCAAAAUGCUGACUAACAUUGGCUCUGGAGAUAGAAUUGCUUAUCAGCCCCAUAGUCUUUGUCUAAAAUUGAAAUGAGACCAAUGUACUCUGAUGGCCUGAAUGCCUUCACUUUAAGGGACAUCAGAUUAUUUCUUUGUAAAUGUCAAGCAUUUCUCUGCCAUCUCUUGUCAUUAGAGGCCCAUAAUGAAUGAGAAUACCAGGACUGUAGACUUUGUGGGAAAUGACAUUUGUAAUUGUAAGCUUGAACACAGAGGUGUUGGUGAACCCAUUAGGUAGAUCAGAUGUGGGACAGAACGAUAGCAAAUAAGAUGGGAGGCUUGAGUCAACCACAAACCUAAAGUCUGUGAUAUAUUGUUCUGUUAAAUCCAAAAUGGAAGAUAUUUGAGAGUCCAAAGAUAAUAACAGUAAGAGGAUAUUCUGCAAUUUAUUGAGAAUGACUGUAUUAGGACAUCUUUAGUAAAUUCAGUAUGUACAAGCACACUAGGAACUGUUAUCAUAAAUAAAGGAACAAAUC